CCAAAGUUGAGGCACGUACUUUGCGUAAUCAUCCUCCAUUCAUGUGAACGGUCUCUACGCCGUUGGCGUAGCAGAGUUUUGCGGAAGUGGUAACAAGGGGAAUGUAGGGCUGCCAAAGAACGAUCGGUUUCUAAAGCGGCGUUUGAACAUCAACAUCAUGGCACAGCAGAAGAAUCUGGAGGGAUACGUGGGCUUUGCGAGCCUCCCCAACCAAGUGUACAGAAAGUCAGUGAAGCGGGGCUUUGAGUUCACUCUGAUGGUUGUGGGAGAGUCAGGGUUGGGAAAGUCCACGCUGAUAAACUCUCUGUUCCUGACGGAUCUGUACUCUGGAGAAUACCCCGGGCCUUCGCACAGAAUCAAGAAAACAGUUCAGGUGGAGCAAUCCAAAGUGUUGAUGAAGGAAGGGGGCGUCCAGCUUCUUCUCACGAUAGUGGACACUCCGGGAUUUGGAGACGCUGUGGACAACAGCAACUGCUGGCAGCCGGUCAUCGAUCACAUCGACAGUAAGUUUGAGGAUUAUCUGAACGCCGAGUCCCGCGUGAACAGACGGCAGAUGCCGGACAGCAGAGUGCACUGCUGCCUGUAUUUCAUCGCUCCCUCAGGUCAUGGACUGAAACCUUUGGACAUCGAGUUUAUGAAACGGUUGCAUGAGAAGGUCAACAUCAUCCCACUGAUUGCCAAAGCAGAUACCCUAACCCCCGAAGAGUGCCAACAGUUCAAGAAACAGAUUAUGCGAGAAAUCCUGGAGCACAAGAUCAAAAUCUACGAGUUUCCAGAGACGGAUGAUGAGGAAGAAAACAAGAUCGUGAAGAAAAUCAAAGAGGAGCCUUGUGUAUCCAACGCACUUGUUUCAAAAGCAAAAGAUCGGUUGCCCCUGGCUGUGGUCGGAAGCAACACCAUCAUCGAGGCGAACGGCAAGAAGGUUAGAGGAAGGCAGUACCCGUGGGGAGUGGCAGAAGUUGAGAAUGGAGACCACUGUGAUUUCACACUCUUAAGGAAUAUGCUCAUCAGAACCCACAUGCAGGACCUCAAGGACGUGACGAAUAACGUCCAUUAUGAGAACUACAGAAGCAGGAAGCUUGCGGCUGUCACCUGUAACGGAAUCGACAACAACAAAACCAAAGGCCAGCUCACCAAAGGUGACACGGUUGAAGGCAUGAGUCCCCUCGCCCAGAUGGAGGAGGAGAGAAGGGAGCAUGUGACCAAGAUGAAGAAGAUGGAGAUGGAGAUGGAGCAGGUCUUUGAGAUGAAAGUCAAGGAGAAGAUCCAGAAGCUGAAAGAUUCAGAGGCGGAGCUGCAGCGGCGUCAUGAGCAGAUGAAGAAGAACCUGGAGGCUCAGCAUAAGGAGCUGGAGGAGAGACGGCGUCAGUUUGAGGAGGAGAGAUCGACCUGGGAGACCCAGCAGAGGAUCCUGGAGCAGCAGAAAAUGUACGUGAUGACUUUGGAAAAGAACAAGAAGAAAGGGAAGAUCUUUUAAGAUGAUUUCAAAGAUGACCAGGUGGUUCUCAUUGGCCAAUCCUCCCCGACCCGACACCCGCGUCGCUCAGACUCGGAGCUGUUCGUGGACCUUCAUGAGCGUCAAGCCAAACCCUUACCGAUCUAAAACAAAUUCACUCCCCAGCUGAUGUCCGCUGUUAUUAUUCCAAAUUUAGUGAUGCCGAAUAACACGAACCUCCAUAACAGAAUAUGACCCCCGCUGAAAACAUGUGAACCUGAAGAAACCCGCGUAACGUGGCCAAAUUAAACAAUUGUAAAUGCACAGAUGGCGUCCGGAGGGGAUGGGCAAACGUAUUAUUUGCUCCUUUUGGCUUCUGAUUUAGUUUUUCUCUUACUGCAGAAGUGUUUCCAAAGUAUAGUGUCUGUCUCGUCAAUAUCCUUUGACCACCUCCUAUAACUUCAUUAAUGUUAUUUCAGUUAUUUUUUUAUAUAUUAUAUAUAAAUAUGUAUACGUACACCAAGACAGCUAACGUAAUAUUUUUUUGUAUGUUUAUUAGACUGGUGUCUUAAUACAUGGACGGUCUUUAUUACUCUCGAACGGUCGACUGGUUUCAGCAUGUUUGUCUGCUGUACAGUAUUUCCAGCUGUUAUAGGACAGAACCAGUCCAAAACUUGUUUUUCUUAUGUUCUCCAUCUAUGUAUUUUUAAUUUUAUUUUUCAUUUGUAUUGUACAGUCUCUUAAUAAACUUGUGAUGAUA